AUGAAUAUGGAAACAACCAUGGCAGAUUCCCUUCCAUUCGGUAAACCAAAAGCUCGGAUUUUCGCCUCUGGGGAAAGUCACAGGCUUAACCAUGACGAAAGACAAAGAAAAAAAAAUCACCAACUCAACAACAACAAUUUACACUGGCCCUCAACAAAAGGAAAUAAAAUCCUAGAAAAAAUCGUAGUAAUUACCGGACGGCUUCACGUCAACACCGCGGGCCAUUCACGCCAUGGGCCCAGGCCCACCCACCUCCUAGCCUAUCACAAACCGCAAUGGCACCUUCAGAGGGCUCACGCACCUUAUCAAAGCCUAAUUCACGCUCUGAAAAAGCGGGUGCUGCUUGAUCUCGGUUGCCCCACGUCUAUACGCCAGCCUGUUCUACGGCUCUUUAACGAGCAGCCCCCGAAUAAGAUCCCGGGAAACAAAACUAAUUGUGGGAGCCGUCGGGAACUUCAGCGGCUGCCCGACCACAUUAAAAAGGGUCGCUCGAUUACCCGACCCCUUAAACGGAGUCGANACUCUAGCAUAAUUCGUGUGUGUGUGACUUUGAGAAGAAAAAUAAAAUACACCAAAAUAAUCUACUAG